UUCAGAGAAUGUGAGAUGACUACUAAACUGCCUUCAGUGGUACAUGAACACUUCCUACUGAUAGAUCUGGUCACAUGAAGGCAAAGUGUAAAUAUUGUGAGUGGACUAUUUCUACUUCAGGAAAAACCACUCAUAACUUGCCGACACAUGUGAAGCAUAAUCAAGGGACAGAGCUACGGAAGUCUACACCUGGCUCUGGUAUUUCUGUCCAGAUGCAGCAGCCUGCAAUAACAGCUACACAUCCUCGUCAGAAGCACAUCACUAACAAACACGUCAAUUUUAUUGCCAGUACACUGCAAUCCUCCUCAGUGGUGAAGUUAAAAGAUUUUCAAGAUCUAAUGGCAACCAUGGAUUUUCGAUAUGUUCUUCCUAGUCGCAAGCAUCUGUCUACAAUGUUGAUCAAGAGUAGGUUUGAUGAAGUCCAACAAAAAGUCAUCUUUCUACUGCAAUGUCACCCAACAUCAAUGUCACUGGAUAUCUGGAGUAGCAGACAAAUGCACAGCUUUCUUGGAGUCACUGGUCAUUUUAUACUUGACUGGAAAAUGGAAACAGUCAUCUGGCUGACAUGA